AUGAGCAGCAACAAUGGCACCGACGCGACCAUGUUCGCCUUCUACCGCUACAACCCUAGCAUGGCCGGGGCCGUCAUCUUCACCGGGUUAUUCGCCCUGACCACCAUCUGGCAUCUUUGGCAGCUCUUUCGCACCCGGACCUGGUUCUUCAUCCCUUUUACCGUCGGUGGCAUCUUUGAAAUCAUCGGCUACUUGGGUCGCGGGCUGUCCAGUCACCAAACCCCCAACUGGACCUUGGGGCCAUACUUGCUGCAGACUCUGUUUCUUCUGUUGGCACCAGCUCUUCUCGCGGCUUCUAUCUACAUGCUCCUCGGCCGCAUCAUCCUGAUCCUUCGCGCCGAAUCCCACGCCAUCCUGAAGAAGAAAUGGCUGACCAAGAUCUUCGUCACGGGCGAUAUCCUGUCCUUCUUCCUCCAAGGCGCCGGCGGCGGCAUCCAAUCCAGCGGCAGUCUCAGCAGCAUGAAACUCGGCGAACGCAUCAUCAUCAUCGGUCUCUUCGUACAGAUCUUCUUCUUCGGCUUCUUCAUCAUCACCGCCGGCGCCUUCGACCUGAAACUAAAACGAUACCCCAUCCCCCGGGGCAUGGAUCCCCGGAUCCCCUGGCGGAAACAUCUGAACGUUCUCUAUACCACGAGCUUCCUGAUUAUGAUUCGAUCGGUGUAUCGCCUCAGUGAGUAUUUGCAGGGUAAUGAUGGGUAUCUCCUCCAGCAUGAGAUCUUUCUGUAUAUGUUGGAUGCGGUGCCGAUUUUUCUCGUCAUGGUGGUGUUUAAUUGGUUUCAUCCGAGUGAGAUUACCCCGUUGUUACGCGAGGGGGAUUAUGAGUUGCAGGGGGAGUAUGGGAAGGAUGGGGUUUUUGUGAGGUGAUGGUGGAUCUAUAGAUGUAGAUAUGCUGUUGGGGGUGUGUAAUAUAGCUGGCAUUUAUAGCGAACUGUACUUGAU